GCAACAAUCUUGCAAAUGACAGGUUAGCUCACUAGCACGGGCAACCGGCUUGCAAUUGAACUGCGUUGCAACUGACAGGUUGACAGGGCAUCUCAACUGUCUUGUAGACAACUUAAUGGUUUGCACUGCACAGGCAGCAAUUAGCCUGGAGUUACCUAAAAUAAGGUGGGCAGCCAAGGUGGGCAGCCAAGGUGGCCUAUCUCCGAGAUUCCUAACCACGGGCUGCUAGCAAUAUGGGGCAAAACGGCGCAGGCAAGGUGGGCGGACAGGUGGACAGUCAUGUUUGGUCGUGGCGACGCAGGAUUGGAUUACGUACUCGCUACGCCUUUCCUAACCACAACACACUCGACAAUCCGUGUCUCCCGGAAAUCGUUUGGAGGAGAACUAGGCAAUUUUUCAUUAUCUUUACUAUGGAACACCCCAGGUUCGGGACAGAACCUGAUACAGCAGUAGUUACUGUAGGGUGCUCCGCCCCCCACUCGUUCCGGAACGCAAAGUGGUCUACGGAGACCCUACUGCGGGGUAGUGCAGAGUGCCUCACGCUUUUGCUUGGCUCUCGAGUACUCCUCCUCAGCUGCCUGCAUUUACCUCCAAGAACCUUUUUCCAGCGCCCGACCCCGACCACGGCUCUGCGACUUCUAAUAUCGAGUUCCUCGACGCCUCCCUCGACCUCGAACUCCGCCGCCAGCGGAGAGUCCUUGGAACCUUUUCACCCUUUGCCCUCGGAGCUGGCCCCACUUUGGGUUCCCGCUGCUGUCGCUCCCGCCGAUAUUCAGUUCAUGAGAGGUCACUUGGACCUUGAAUGGGCCGAAACAUUCAGGGCAGUUCGAAACCAUAUUUAUCGGCUUUCCAGAUGUUCGAGGUGCUGCUGUUUUCGUUGUGAAACUUCUCCAGGCUUGAAUGCCCAGGUCAACACAUCAAUAUAUGUUGUAGAAGGAGGGGGAAGGCAGAGGAGGGGGGCGGCAGCAGUGGGAUAAUUCACACGGACGCUGCGCAAUCGCAACCCCCGUUUUGGGGUCGGUUGCCUUCAUCCCUUUCUAGAAGUCACCCGGGGCCGGAAACCCAGUCUCUGUAGUCGUCACGAAUUACUUUCUACGUAUUCUCCUCAAUCUUUGCCCCAUUUCUCAAUAAAGGGCGAGUUCUCAGGAGCACUAGGGCUUCCCCUAUCAUACUGGCUAGCCCCUUGGCGCACGCUGGCAAGGACGCGCGCUACAUCUCGUCUGUA